CCCAUUGCACUACACGUGUGUUCAGUCAACCAGUGGCUUAUGAAAAGUCACUCUUUCCAUUGACAUUUAUGUAAUUACACCUAAAAUGUCUUGGUUAUUUGGAAUGAACAAAGGGCAGCCGCCUCCGGAAAUGCCACAAUUCCCCCAGUUUCCGCAACCACCCCCGUCAGACGGAGGAAAAGAUGGGGAUCAAGCAGCAGCUGAUGCAAAGAAGAUGGAGGCAUACCGCUUUGACUCGGCUGCCUUAGAAAGAGCUGCAAAGGCUGCAAAAGAACUAGAGGGUUCAAAGUAUGCCAAAGAUGCCCUUGAAUUGACCAAACAACAAGAAACCACAAAACAGUUAGAAUUCCAAACACAAAUACGGGAAUAUGAAGCCGCGAUGGAGAAGAUGAACAUUGAGAAGGAGAGGGUGGCUCAUGAGGAGCGUCGAAAAACUCUUGCUGAGGAAUCGAAGCAUCAUCAGCAACGGUCUCAGUACCAGGACCAACUUGCCAGAAAGAGGUAUGAUGACCAGCUAGACCAACAAAAGCAGAUGAAUGAACAAAAUCUGAGACGGCAAGAGGAGAGCGUUAAGCGACAGGAGGAGAUGAAGAAAUCGACGGUGGAAUAUGAGUCAGACUUGCGCUACAAGAAUGACAUGAAGCGUAUUGAAGCUGAACUGAGAGGCAAAGCACAGGUCGAGCGGGAGAACCACGACCUCUACAUGGACCAGAUCCGGCUGAAGGCGUCCGAGAAGCGCGUCACCGUGAUGGAGUCGAUCCGCACGGCCGGCUCCGUGCUCGGCACCGGCCUGCAGGCGUUCAUCUCCGACUGGGACAAGGUGACGGCGGCCGCCGGCGGGCUGACGCUGCUCGCGCUGGGCGUCUACUCGGCGAAGAUGGGCACGGGCGUCGCGGCGCGCUACGUCGAGAGUCGCCUCGGCAAGCCGUCGCUCAUCCGCGAGACGUCGCGCUUGACGUUCGUCGACGCCCUCAAGCAUCCAAUCAAGACGGCGCGCAGGUUGCGAACAAAGCCGCAGGAUGCAUUGACGGGAAUUAUUCUGAAGCCUACUCUAGAGGAACGACUUAGAGAUAUUGCUAUAACAACGCGGCACACAAAGAAGAACAAAGGCUUCUAUAGGAACAUCAUGUUUUACGGUCCACCUGGUACUGGAAAGACAAUGUUUGCUAAAAGUUUGGCACUACAUUCAGGCAUGGACUAUGCGAUCAUGACGGGCGGCGACGUGGCGCCGAUGGGUCGCGAGGGCGUCAGCGCCAUCCACAAGGUGUUCGACUGGGCGAGCACGAGCCGGCAGGGCCUGCUGCUGUUCCUCGACGAGGGCGACGCGUUCCUGCGGAAGCGCAGCACGGAGACGAUCAGCGAGGACAUGCGCGCGACGCUGAACGCGUUCCUCUACCGCACGGGCGAGCAGUCGCACAAGUUCAUGCUCGUCGUCGCGAGCAACCAGCCCGAGCAGUUCGACUGGGCCGUCAACGACCGUAUCGACGAGAUGGUCGAGUUUGACUACCCGGGCGUCGAGGAGCGCGAGCGGCUCACGCGGCUCUACUUCGACGCGUUUGUGCUGCGGCCGGCGACGGAGGGCGCGAAGCGGUUGAAGGUUGCGACCUUCAACUACGGCGCCAAGUGCACGGAGAUCGCGCGCCGCGUCGACGGCCUGUCGGGCCGCGAGAUCUCGAAGCUGGGCGUCGCGUGGCAGGCGGCGGCGUACGCGUCGGAGGGCGGCGUGCUCACGGAGGCGAUGGUGGACGAGCGGGUUGAGGACGCCAUCCGGCAGCACGCGAAGAAGGUCGCCUGGCAGGUAGAGCAGUCGUCGGCAGCGGGUCAGGAGACGAAGCUGCAGCAGCAGUACCGCUCCAGCAAGGAUCUCGACGCGUUUGUUCCACCGAGCAUCAAGGAGAAGUGAUAAACGCUGUUCGGUAAUCGAUGCGAUGUAAUGUUACGUAGUCACGGAGCGGCCAGUGGCGUCUGCCGUUCAGUGGCAGUGGUAAUGCAACAGCGAGUACUAGACGUGGUUGAGGAAUCGUAGUCGGGCAGGUUGCGUGCCAUGUUAGUAUGGUUAGAAAACGUUGUAUGGAAUGCUAUCUAUUGUUCAUAGUGGAUUUCCAUCGAGAUUGUUACUAUUAGUGUAAAUGAUCUGUUAUUUAAUGCUAACAGAGAAUGAUUUCCUUACGAUGAACGUGUUAUUGUAACAAAUUAAACAUUUUUACUCCCUUGUUUAAGUUCUGAAGUUGUUAAACCUCUUUUUUUUCACAAACGUGUUUGUGUUUUAGCACAUCGAGUCUGUUGAGCGCAUAGUGGCACCUAUUUAUAUGCCCAGAAUUGGGCUUUGAAAAGACUAGUAAUGAGCAAUCGAAAGCUUCCUCAAGUUUUAUUUAGGAUAAGUGAUUUUGUGAGUCUAGGCACAAGCUUUUCAAGUAACAUUUUGAAUUCCUACUGCAAGUGCAGUUCGCAGUUUUGACAGCGAGUUGCACAGAGCAAGAUGUUGCGCAAUGAUUUUUAGCUCAACAGCUGUAGGUAUACAUUACUUGCUUCUUGUUUACCCUUGUGAUACGGCUGCCAAUCCUAUCAUGGUGAAGACAUUUUUGCUCGUGCUAUAAGCAACGUUGUAGAAUAUUAUAUUAAAUAAAUUAAAAUUAAUUAACAAGAUUAA